CUGCGAAGGUGUCGUGUGUCGAAGCGGGCCACGAGCAGUCGGAGACCGAUGACGCGCCAGUAGAAAUGCGUGUAAUCACGACAGCAGAGCGCUUCCUUGAGGCGCUUGCAACCAGAUGUCCGUGGCAUGAGCAACCAGUGCCGGAUAAAGAAAUCGUUGAGGAGUUCCUCCGUGAGCGCUUUUUUCUCCGCAAAUCCACAUAUUAUGAUGAGGAAGAACUUUUUACACGAAGAUGUGCACCUAGAUGCACAGCUCCACAACAGCAUGCGUCCUUGCUUACACUAGAAUAAACAUCUUCGUAUGAGUCUCUUGCUAGUUGCAGUAUGCUUCUUAGUAGCUCUAAGGUUGUAUCCUGGAAUCCUACGGCGAGGUUCCCCGAACCAAAGACGAAAUCUCUUUUACGGCAAAUCGGAUUAGAGAUCUCUCGACGAUGGACGAGUU